UCAAUGGAGUCCGCGUUUCGUCGCGGGGUGCUUCUUGCCGCUUUCGCGUGUUUAAUAAAAUAAUUUCUAAAUGUGCUCAUAAUUAAGUGACAUAAUAAUUUAGUGUGGAUUAACUAGUGUUUUCAACAUGUUGGUUUUAUUCGAAACCCCGGCGGGCUACGCUAUCUUUAAGUUGUUGGACGAGUCUAAAUUGUCUGAGAUCAAUGAUCUGUACCAGGAAUUCAACACUCCUGAAGGAGCAUCAUCAGUUGUUAAACUGAAGAACUUCAUCAAGUUCGAAGACACAACUGAGGCUCUAGCGGCUACUACUGCUGCCAUUGAGGGCAAAAUUUCAAAGCCGUUAAAGAAAGCUUUAAAGAAAUAUGCCUGUAAGGAAAUCCAAGACCAGUUACUUGUCGGAGAUGCUAAACUGGGCAGUGCCAUUAAGGAGAAGUUUGACUUACAAUGUGUUGCUAACUCGAAUGUCCAAGAAUUGCUGAGAUGCAUUCGCUCACAGAUGGACAGUUUGCUCGCUGGGCUGCCAAAGAAAGAAAUGACAGCGAUGGCCCUCGGUUUAGCCCAUUCCCUCUCCCGUUACAAGCUGAAGUUCUCUCCUGACAAGAUUGACACUAUGAUAGUGCAAGCUCAGUGCCUUCUCGAUGACUUAGACAAAGAACUCAACAACUACAUCAUGAGAUGCCGUGAGUGGUACGGCUGGCAUUUCCCCGAGCUCGGCAAAAUCAUCACCGACAACACACUCUUUGUCAAAAUUGUCAAACUUAUCGGCACUCGUGACAAUGCUUCUAAAACUGAUCUUUCAGACAUCUUGUCGGAAGAUUUAGAAGAAAAGGUAAAAGAGGCUGCCGAGAUUUCCAUGGGCACAGAAAUUUCUGAUGAUGAUAUUUUGAAUAUCCAGAAUCUCUGUGAUGAGAUUAUCUCUAUCACUGACUACAGGACUCAUCUAACCGACUACUUGAAAGCCCGUAUGAUGGCUAUGGCUCCUAACUUAACAGUUUUAAUCGGAGAGCACAUUGGGGCACGCCUUAUUGCUCAUGCAGGUUCAUUAAUGAAUCUCGCUAAGCACCCCGCUUCAACGGUACAGAUCUUUGGUGCCGAAAAGGCCUUGUUCAGAGCUUUAAAAACAAAGAAAGACACACCAAAAUACGGUUUAAUUUACCAUGCUCAGUUAGUUGGUCAGUGCAGUACUAAGAAUAAGGGGAAGAUGUCUCGUAUGCUGGCAGCGAAGGCAGCUUUAGCGACCAGAGUGGAUGCAUUUGGAGAAGAUGUGUCGUUUGAGAUGGGGGCGGAGCAUAAGGUGAAGCUGGAGAAUAAGCUGCGGCUGCUGGAGGAGGGCAACUUGAGGAGGAUCAGCGGAACAGGCAAGGCUAAGGCCAAGUUUGAGAAAUAUCACAGCAAAUCCGAGGUGUUCCAGUACCCGGUGGCUGCGGACAGCACGCUGGACAAGAAGCCCGUCAAGCGGGAACACUCCCCGGCCGAGACCUCCACCAAGAAGAUCAAGUUGGAGGAUGGGGCCAGUGAUGUCACACCAAAGAAAGUCAAAAAGGAGAAAAUCAAAGAAGAGCCCGCAGAGGAGCCAGCCGAGCCCACCUCCGAGAAAAAGAAGAAGAAAAAGAAGAAAUCCCUAGACGCCUCCCAAGCUGACACCACCAUGGAGAACGAUGAGGUGGACGGCCCCACUCCGCAGAGCGAGAAAAAGAAGAAAAAAAAGAAGAAGAGCGUUUCCGAGGAAUAGGUAGCUCAUAUACUGUAACUUGAUGGGAAUUUGUAUGCAGAUGUAUGUGUUUCAAUGUCUCGAGCGCGCUCCAUACAUUUUUAAAGCAUGUUUUCUUAACGUUUUGUCCAUCAAGGUACAGCUAAAUGCACAUACAGUCACAAUAAUAUCUGUAUCUAUCUCUAUUGCUCUUGCAUAUCAUCACUACUUUGAAAAAAUCUUGUAUCUCACGCUGUUCCUCAAAGUUAAAACGCAGUAAGUCUAUAUGCAUUCCAUACAUACUUACUACAAUUUUCUUUUAAUUGACAGACGAAGAUACAAGUUUUUUUUAAAGUAGUGACGAUAUAUGACUAGGGUCAAUCGCCGGUCAGUAUACAAUAAAAAAAUCGCUUAAAUAAUCCCUCUCACCUGGCGGCGGGGUAAUUCUUCGCAGUCUGGCGUUCAAAAUGUUAAAAAUAUCUAAGUAUGUGUUCAAAUUAUAAGCAUCUGUGAUAGGUGAUGUGUUUUGUUUCAUUUACAUGAACUAUUUUGUAUGGAGCGCGUUCAAAUGACGAUAUCU